AUGGCUCAGUUUGGGCCAGUGGGCACGCCCUGCCCAAGGCUGCAGUGCCCGCUCUCGCCAGCUGGCCCCGGGCCCCGCCCGACCCCCUCCCGCCGUUUCGGGCCGACGUGGGGUGCGCCCCAAGCCCCGCUGCUGAGCCAGCUGCCUCCCUCAGCUCCACACCCGAGCCCGGCCGGCUGCGCUCCCGAGGGAGCAGGCGGAACGCACCACGGUAGCAGGAGGGGUGGGGGGGGAAUAGGAAACGGGGGGGAGCGAGGAAUGCGGCAGCCUGCUCCCCCCCCCUCUGCCUGGCCCAACCCCCCGUCACCCCCCCCUCCGCCGCCAGCCGAAUGGUCUGCUCCGAGCGCCCUAUUUAAUCCCCGCGACUGCAGCAGCGCCGGCUCCCUCCCCGUCCCCGCCUCGGCCCCGGAUGCCAGCGGAGAGCAGAGGGAACCGCAGGGGAGGAGACAGUCGAGGCGACUCCAGGACUUCGGACCGGAUGGCUACUGGGGCUGGGCAGAGGGCGGGGCAGAAGAGGUGGGGAGUAGAGGAGGGGUUUACAAGUGGGGAGGGGGUGUGGGGGAAGAGAAAGAAAUAAAAGAGCCGCGGAAAACGUGUAAGAAUACUGAGGAGCGGUAUGUUUCUGGUCCCGCCCCUCCCUACACCCUCCCCCAGCCCCGCCUUCAUCGUGAUGAAGGAGCUUCCCCCUGUCCGGGGACCCCGGGGAAUCCCCUCCCAGCCUCUGCCUGCCUGACUGGCUGGCUUGUUCCGCCCCUCUUAUCCCCAAUCCUCCCAGAAGACAGCUCUAGUCCCAGUUACCAGGGCGACACCAGUCCCUCCUCGCAUAAGGGGAACACCCCCUCUCAGUUCUUUCCCUUCCUCUCAGGAGCUACGCUAACAACCCUAGACCCAACUUGGAAGGCAAAAAGGGCAGUCCGGAGAAGCUGA